AUGAAUGCCUUACAAAGAAGCAAGUUUUGCAAUCUCUGUAAUGCUCGCCGGAGAAAUUUAUCCUCCAUCGCCGAUGCUACACUUCAUAAAUCCGACUAUGAAGAACACAACGUUUAUGGAGAGUACAAAAAUUCAAUUAUUCUACCAUAUUUGCACCGGGCAGUACAAGAAUGCGCAAAACAAAGGAAUGCAAUGACCGGAAAAUCGAUGCAUACCCAGAUUAUAAAAUAUGGAUAUGAAGUUGAUAUAUUGACAACAAACAUGCUCAUCAACAUGUAUUCGAAAUGCGGCAUUGUUGAUUUCGCUCGUAAGGUGUUCGAUGAAAUGCCUCAAAGAACACUUGUUUCUUGGAACACCCUGAUGGGUUCGUAUAUACAGAACAGAGAUGAAGAUGAAGCUCUGCGUCUUUUCGUUCGAAUGCAAAGGGAAGGGAGUCAGGUUAGUGGGUUUACUGUUUCAGGUGUACUUUGUGCUUGUGCUGCUAAGUUUGCUGUUUUAGAAAGUAAACAAUUGCAUGGUUUUGCUAUUAAGGUAUCAGUGGAAUCUAAUGUUUUUGUGUCAACUGCUUUGCUUGAUGUUUAUGCUAAAUGUGGGUUGAUGAAAUAUGCUUUUCGUGUUUUCGAUUCUAUGAAUGAGAGGAAUGAGGUUACUUGGAGUUCAAUGGUUGCUGGAUAUGUCCAAAAUGAGUUAUAUGAGGAGGCUAUAAUGUUUUUUCAUAGGCUACAAAAGUCCGGGAUAGAGCAUAACCAGUUUACUCUUUCUUCGGUUAUAUCUGCUUGUGCUGCGAUGGCUGCUUUGUUAGAAGGGAAUGAGACGCAUGCUAUAGUGUGGAAAACUGGUUUUGGUGCCAAUGUUUAUGUGGCUUCAUCUCUUGUGGACUUAUAUGCAAGAUGUGGAAGUGUUGACGAAGCGUAUAUUGUUUUUUCAAAUGCUGAGGUGAAGAAUGAUGUAAUAUGGAAUUCAAUGAUUUCUGGCUUGGCUAGAAAUGCGCGGUCUUUAGAGGCGAUGACGUUGUUUGAGAAAAUGCAGUUAGCAGGAUUUUACCCGAAUGAGUGGACUUACGUCUCUGUGUUAUCUGCUUGUAGUCAUAUGGGCCUUGUUGACAAGGGACGGAUAUAUUUUGCCAAGAUGAAGAAAGAACAUAACUUGUCUCCCAAUGUAUAUCAUUAUUCAUGUAUGGUUGACAUUCUUGGUAGAAAAGGUUUGGUUGAAGAAGCUAAGGAUUUAAUAGAAAAUAUGCCGUUUGCUGCAACUGCUUCCAUGUGGGGUUCUGUAUUGGCCUCUUGCAGGGUCUAUGGAAAUGUUGAGGUGGCUGAAAUUGCUGCUAAACAUCUGUUUGAGCUCGAGCCUAAUAAUGCUGGAAACCACGUCUUGCUUUCAAACAUAUAUGCUUCCAAGAGAAGGUGGGGCGAUGUUGCAUCAACAAGAAAGCUUCUUAAAGACAGUGAAGCGAAGAAAGAAAGAGGCAAGAGUUGGAUACAGAUAAAAGACAAGGUUCACACGUUCAUGGUCGGGGAGAGAAAUCAUCCAAGCAUUAUAGAGGUUUAUUCAAGAUUAGAUGAAUUGUUGGUAGGUAUGGAGAAGUUAGGUUACAAAGGUGAAACCGAACACGACUUGCAUGAUGUGGAAGUGAGCAGAAAACAUGAGCUUCUGAGACAUCAUAGUGAGAAGCUUGCUUUUACAUAUGGAUUGAUGUGUUUGCCCUCAACUGCUCCUAUAAGAAUUAUGAAGAACCUCAGGAUCUGUGGGGACUGUCAUUCUUUCAUGAAGUUUGCUUCAAAAGUAACACGGAGGGAAAUCAUCGUCAGAGAUGUUAAUCGUUUUCAUCACUUUACUAAUGGAUCAUGUUCAUGUGGAGAGUUUUGGUAAAGAACGUAACUGCUUUGGAUUUUAGAUCCUUUCUCUGAACCAAGUUUUUUGGUUCAGAAACGUGGAAAAAGUAAUUAAAAUCUGGUUCUUGUAGACCUCGACAUGUAUAAGAAAUCAGAGGCAUUUUAUCACGGAGUACCUGUUAUCUCAACAUAAUGGUGUUACAACAACAAGCUGGUCAAAAACCACUUUUCCUCCAAGCAUCUGAUGUGAUCACAAACUUUGUAAACAAG